CGGGCCUCUUAUACAGGCCCUUGUUCCAUUCGCCCAGCAGCAACCGAAAUAAUUACUGCAUCCGUCUCAUGAAGAUCUUGGUCCCUGCAACGGUUAUCGCCCUGCACCUUUUUCUAAGAAAGGAAGAAAAAGGAAAUAAUCGUGGGCUAGCAACUUUCAGGAGCCUGAAGAUCCCAACGUUGCCUGUAUUUAUUGAUACCUGACGGGAUCACGGCACAGCCAUCACAUUGUCGCCUUAGCACCAAACGAGGUAAAGGCCCAACUCAUUUCUAGGCCAGAAUAAGAACCAUCAACUCCUCACAUCGACAUUCUUUUCUUGCCUAGAAUCUAUUGUCCUCUGCAUGUUGAUAUUGGUUGCAGAUAAAUGUUUCAUCUUGUUCAAAAGCAGUGGCCAAACGAGACGAGACACUCGUCAAGACAUCGCAAAAGCGUCUGUCUUAUUCUGUCCUCUAAGUUUAGGCUCGGUAGUCUAAACCUAUACCAGACCCUGCUAAUAAACGGGCCCUUUUCAUCGACGUCAGACCUUUCUGACACCUGAUUGCGAGCUCUUGGAAUUUGGUAUUAUUGGAUUCUAGAAGAUAACGGCACGAAUCAAUUGACAACCGGUCCUUUUCCUCAAUUGGUGUACUCGGUUACAAUCUCUCACGCAAGACAUUUGGGGGUGUACAAGAACGGGCAACACACACAAAGAUACCUUACUGUACCUUGACGUUGCCGUACUUUAUCAUACCUUACCUUACCCAUCUAUACGACACGAUACGACCUUGGCUCACUCUAUCUAUAUCUCGGCCGUGGAGAUAGCGGACCGUUAAUACUGGGCACCAUGAACGAGAAUAACCCACUGGACCCGGAAUUGAAUGCUGCUAGUCUGGCCGAUACCGAUGACAGCCCAGCCAAAGCCAAAGCCAAAGCCAAAGCCAAAGCACAGGCACAAGAAGAACCAGAGCCAGAACAAGAACAAGAGCCAUCGGUUAGCUCCUCCGUCUCCGCCUCCGGUGAACCUUCCGCCGCCGACUUUUCUUCCUCUCCUCGCCGCUUUCAUCCACACUCUCAUCCACCUUCUUCGUCUCUCACUUUUGGUUACGUUUCUGUUGAACAGCAUAAUAUCCCGCCCAAUCCCCCUCGCCAAUCCCGUGCUUUCUCCUCUUCAACAUCCGCCUCGCUACUCGCCAAUUCUUCUGCUGCUGCUAUCACAAGGAAGAGUCGCGGCGCCGAGCCCGUCACUCGAGACGCAUACGCUACCGCUCGCCGGGCCAGUUUCACGGCAGCUCCAAGCUCGACAACCGCCGUCUCGUCCUUGCCAAUCAGGAACCCCCGACCUCUGGCACGCACUCGCCGCGAGUCCAUGACCUCAGAUACCGCUUCUGAAGAUCAGACGCUGGCCGAUUCCCAACUUCCAGGCCCUGGAGAAGAACCCCACCAACAGCGAACUCGCUUACCGUCUGCCAACGAGAAUUCCUACACCGUAUCGUCAGAAGCUUCCAACGCCGCGAACCACCGAUUGUCUUCUUCCUCGGACUACCAGUCUAGGAGACUCUCUGGAACUUCCAUCUACUCUCUCGCAUCUGCCCGUGGUGUACUCAGCGGUUCAUCAUCAGCUCAUGGUUCAGAGCUAGGCACGCCACCGAGAUCUGUACCUGGAUUACUUUCAACAGGCAAGAGCACAGCAACAGGCCAAUCCGAAGCAGAAGUCUCCAACGUCACUGUCACUACUUCUAGCAACCAACCGGGUCAAUCAGUCGUGGGACAUCCUAAUCAGCAUCAUCUAACGCCUCGCGAUCUUCACUCGCAGCCACUUGACUUUACAAAACGAGCUAUUCGACACGACAACAUGCAGAGCAGUACGUCUGGCUUACGGCAAGGGCCCGAUAGAUCUCGCAGCCGAGCCAAGAGACGCUUUAGCGGAAGCACAGCAACUAGCAGUCACAGCCCGAGUAGCGAUCGGGGUCCCCACCAUCGAGAGAGAGAAGAGGGUAUGUUUAAUUUACCUUGCCUCUGGAAAUCCAAGGCACAUUUCCUGAAUCUAGGGUCUAAUUUGCUGCAGUGAAACCAUCACGAUUUGGUGUCAUUGGUGUGUGCGCUCUAGAUGUCAAGGCUCGAAGCAAGCCCAGCAGGAACAUUCUGAACCGACUCAUCGCCAAUCGUGAAUUCGAUGUGGUGGUCUUUGGUGAUAAGGUUAUCCUCGAUGAAGAGGUUGAGAAUUGGCCUAUUUGGUGAGUAGAUCUUCUCGGUGAGCUGAAGUAGCAUAGUGGGGUGCAUCUGUAGUGCUGCAAGGGGCACGUGCCGAAUUACCCAAAGUGAUAACUAACACCAGACAGUGAUUACCUGAUUUCCUUCUAUUCCGACGGGUUUCCACUUGACAAGGCCAUUGCCUAUGUCAAGGCUCGAAAGCCUUUCUGCGUGAACGAUGUUCCUAUGCAGCAGAUUCUAUGGGACCGACGCCUGUGCCUCCACUUGCUCGACAAGAUCGAGGUCAGGACACCAAAGCGUGUCGAGGUUACUCGUGAUGGUGGCCCUCAAUAUCUGACGCCAGAGAUGGUGAAGCAUAUCAAGGACGUAUCUGGAGUUUCUCUGGAUCCUAUUGACCCUUCGCAGACACCGCCUCCCCAAAAAGUAGAGCUGAUCGAAGACGGCAAUACUAUCAGUGUAGAUGGUCAAACACUCCGAAAGCCCUUUGUUGAGAAGCCAACAAGUGGCGAAGAUCACAACAUUAUCAUAUAUUUCCCCACAGAAGAAGGUGGCGGUGCUCGAAAGCUCUUCCGAAAGAUCGGAAACAAGAGUUCGGACUACAUCAAAGAUCUCAAUGUCCCCAGGGCCAUCACAGAACCUGGAAGCAGUUACAUCUAUGAAAGCUUUAUGCAAGUCGACAACGCCGAAGAUGUCAAAGCCUACACUGUUGGUCCAAACUAUUGCCACGCAGAGACCCGAAAGAGUCCUGUAGUGGAUGGCGUAGUACGAAGAAACACUCAUGGCAAAGAGUUGCGUUAUGUCACGGCCCUUGGUGCCGAAGAGAAAGAGAUGGCCAGCAGGAUCUCUACAGCUUUCGGCCAAAGAGUCUGUGGGUUUGAUAUGCUGCGAGCAUCAGGCAAGAGCUAUGUCAUUGAUGUCAAUGGUUGGAGCUUUGUCAAGGAUAAUGACGAUUACUACGAUCAUUGUUCCAACAUCCUGAAGGAUCUUUUUAUCAAGGAGAAAAUGAGAAAGGGUGGUGUCACUCCCCCUAUGCCUUCGCCUGCGCCAUCAGAUACAGACCCUUUCACACGAGCAUCUAAUGCGUUCAAGGAUCGUGAACAAACCCAGCCUGGUACUAAUGGAGUCCGGACGAGUAUCAAUUCCAUUGCAGGUACUACCGACUCGCAACCCGACGACUCUUCCCGUCGUGCACCCAGCGGCACAGUUACUCCUCUUCUACCCCCAGACAGCGGACUGCCUUCAAAGACGCACAGCACGCUGGCAACUCCAGCAAUCCCACCCACUCCUGUUGAUGUGACCCUGCCGGGUAUUUCAUCCGCCCCUCCAACCCAGCAGAGUGCUAUCGCGGACCCUCCAUCAGAGCAAGCAUCCAUUGUCCCUGAGCCCCCCCUGCCAACUCACUCCUGGAAGCUGAAGGGUAUGGUCUCGGUGAUUCGACACGCAGAUCGCACUCCCAAGCAAAAGUACAAGUUUACGUUUCAUUCGGAGCCUUUUAUCGCGCUUUUGAAGGGCCACCAGGAAGAAGUCUUGCUAAUUGGAGAAGCUGCACUUGGAAGUGUCGUGCAAGCUGUGGAUUUGGCCUACGAACAGGGAAUAGAGGACCGCGCUAAGCUCCGGUCUCUUCGAAAUGUUCUCGUCAAGAAGGGCAGCUGGCCUGGUACCAAGAUUCAGAUCAAGCCUAUGUUUCGAAAGAAGAAGACUGAAGAGCCUGCUAUUAGCGAAGAGCUGGUUGCCAUGACUGAGGAGAAGAAAGAUGUCACUGAAGAAGCAGGCGACUCAUCAAAGGAGGAUAAGUCCCACCAGGGUCCAAAACGACAAGAUUCGCUUUCUGGAGUGACGAUGUCCAAAUUCACCGCCGCCGAGGAGCGUCUGGUUCUCGACAAACUGCAGCUCAUUGUCAAAUGGGGAGGCGAGCCAACACAUUCGGCCCGAUAUCAGUCUCAGGAACUCGGCGAGAAUAUGCGCAACGACCUCAUGCUUCUGAACAGGGAUAUUCUGGAUGAAGUUCACGUUUUCAGCAGUUCUGAGAGACGUGUGACUACCAGUGCUCAGAUUUGGGCCGCAUCGUUCUUGGGCAAAAAGGAUAUUCCUGAGGACUUUAUCACCAUUCGCAAGGAUCUUUUGGAUGAUUCGAAUGCUGCCAAAGAUGAGAUGGACAAGGUCAAGAAGAAGCUCAAGGGACUACUACGCAAGGGCAACGAGCGUCCUGCACAGUUCACCUGGCCGGAAAACAUGCCUGAACCUUCUGAAGUACAAACAAGAGUUGUACAGCUGAUGAACUUUCAUCGACGCGUGAUGGAUCAUAACUACAAGAAGCUACAGAGUGGUGCUGUUACAUCCCUCAAUGCUAUCUCAAAUCCUAGUACGGAGAAACUAUCAGGGGAAAACUCAAGCUCAUCAAUUGCCUCAUCCCUUUCUCAAGCAAACACUCUCAACCAGAUCCAGUCAAGAUGGUGCUGUGGCGAAGAUGCUGAGCUCUUCCGGGAGCGCUGGGAGAAACUCUUCCAGGAGUUCUGCGAUGGCGAAAAGGUUGAUCCAAGCAAGAUUUCGGAGCUCUAUGACACCAUGAAGUUUGAUGCACUGCACAACCGUCAGUUCCUCGAAUGGGUAUACACGCCGCCGAACCACAUGCUUGAUGAAUACACAGCUGCUGGUGCCAGUGGCGUACCUGGAGGUUCUAACGGUACCAAGGAUGGAAAGUCGAAGGAGUCUGAGGAUGGCAAAACUUCCGAUGACAAGAGUGAUAAGAGCCACCAUCCCUCGCCUGAGGGCUCAGACAAGGUGGAUGCGGGAAGCAGAUCAGCCUCAGUCAAGAAACUGUUUAGAAGACGAUCGUUCCUUAACAAUCUGCGGCACUUCAACGAAGAGGCACCACCUGAGCAAUACUUCCGCCUGUACAAGGGCACGAAGCAGACUGCAUCUACAGCCGAUGCCCAUAACGAACCUUUGCAGGAACUCUACCGUCUCGCCAAGGUUCUGUUUGACUUUAUCUGCCCUCAGGAAUAUGGCAUUUCGGAUAGUGAGAAGCUCGAGAUUGGUCUGCUCACAUCGUUGCCACUCCUGAAAGAGAUUGUGCAGGACCUCGAGGAGAUGCAGGCGUCAGAUGAUGCCAAGUCAUUCUUCUACUUCACCAAGGAAUCACAUAUCUAUACAUUGCUAAACUGUAUCAUCGAGGGAGGUGUAGAGACCAAGAUUAAGCGCAGCACUAUCCCUGAACUCGAUUACCUUUCUCAGAUCUGCUUUGAGCUCUACGAAGCAGAGAUGAAAUCAGGCGAUGGAACAUCACCUCAUGACGCGCCUACGUUUACGUACAGCAUUCGUAUCACCAUCAGUCCUGGCUGCCACGUCUUCGAUCCCUUGCAUGUUCAACUCGACAGUCGACAUUGCAUCGGAUGUGCUCCCAGGCGAAGUUUGACACCCCACGCGGACUGGUUGCAGGUCAUCAAGACACUCCGAGCCAAGUUCAACCAGUAAGUCUUUUCAUCCGAUGACCACCGUUGCCGUGUGAAUAUCAACUAACGCCCGUGCAGGGUCAAACUACCAAAGACGUUCCUGGCAGUCAACUUGUCUGAUGCCUUUACAUUCGAGGACCUUGAACGACAAGGUAGUGAUAGCGAUGUGUUGGAGAUGAAGACUGCGCCGUCUAGAGGCAUAACCGAGCAGCCCAAAUCUCCUGAAGAUGAGGGUUCAGAGACACUUGCAACUGGUGCUGGCGAAGUUAUGAUCUCAUAGACCGGGGAAGCAAGCCCGAGAAUACCAAGAUAAGAGCAUAUCAUGUGUCUUGUGUGAUAGGGCGUCCAGAGUUCGGGACUUUGUAAUGGGGCUUGUCAGAUCACCCAACAGUGGCGUAGCUUCUGCAAGUCCCCUUGUACGUUUCAUGAUGGCGAGCUGUUGAGAGAGUAUGAUGAGUAUUGUCACGACUUGGUGUGACAUCUCGAGUUAUCUUGCAUUAUCGAAAUAGAAUACCCACAUUAAAAUAGAGGCAGGCUAGUCACGGACUGGACUGUUGUUGCUCUUAAUGAAGGUACGAGUUGGCAUGUGAAAGUAUCUUCCUGUAACCUCAAUCUGCACGCUUUCACGUAACUAGUUGUGA